AUGAGUGCACGCGGUACUCGUGGACGGGUGUCACCUGUUACUGAGAUUGGUGCUGAGUCUCAGGACCGUGUAGCUGGGGAUGACGCACUAUCUCAGGCCAUGCUGCGAAUUUUAGAGAGGGUCGCUGGGGCUAAUGUUGGAUCUGGAGGCCGUGGGUCAGUUACGGAACGAAUCCGGUCGAAUGGGGCUAAGAUAUUUAGGGGCAUCACUGGAGUUGCUCCGAGUGUGGCCAAGUAUUGGAUAAAGGCCAUAGAGCGCAUAAUGGAUGACUUGGAUUUUACUGAUGAGCAGAAGCUCAAGGGGGCUGUGUCUCUGCUUCGCGAUGAGGCAUACCAGUGGUGGUUGACCAUUAAGGAGGGUACUCAGCCUGAUAGGUUGACUUGGGAUUUAUUUAAGACCACCUAUCUGAGUAAGUAUGUGGAAGCUAGCUACACUGACGCUAGGCAACGUGAGCUUCUGAAUCUUACUAAGGGAGACCGUUCAGUGGCCGAGUAUUGGAUGAAGGCCAUAGAGUGCAUAAUGGAUAACUUGGAUUUUACUGAUGAAUAG